ACAACCGGUGUGUUAACUACUGUGUAAUGUUUCGCUGCUGCUCUCACAUUUUGUGCCGUCAAAUUUCGUAUAAACACGUGUGCAUUAGUCAACCCUCGCCAGCAGGAAGGAGAGCCCAGGAAGAAAGCUUUUCAGUUCACCACGGCAAAAGCGUGUACGUUUCUCGUUAUGACUCAGUGCUGAGGGCAUAGAGAUCCUGACCACUGGGACCCUGGUGUAUAGUGUCAUCUACUAUUCCUGCACCCCCAACUCGUACCAUAUCCGAUUACUAUGAAUGGGUAUUGACUGCCAUGCCAUGAGCAGCGGUUGAUGUUUUAUGCAGGGUUGUCCCCUUGCCCCUUACCCCAAGAGAGAGGUGUGAGUCUUCAUAGCCUUGGAUGUCAUAAGCAAUUCGAGAGACAUCUGAAGUGUGUUCUGAUGACAAUGUGAAUCUACAGUGUUCUUGUCGUCGUACAUGUAUGCAUAAUUCGCUGAUGUGUGGAUAUUCUCAGAGUGAUGAAUUGAGCUUUGCAAAUAUUUGAUAUACCGACACACAUCCAGGCUGCACACAUGUAAGCUGUGCAUUUGCUGAUCAGAGGCAUCGAACUUGAAUAAAACAUACAUUAAGCUGCCUUGUAAAGAGACAGUGUUGUUAUGUAGGGCUCCUGAUGUUGUACUGAGGAGAACUGCUCUACCUUCAAAACAAGUGAUACAUGUGUAACAGUUUCAGAAUGUGAUUUAUGCAAAUGUUAUGAUGUGAGGCUUAUUGUUUCUUAAAGAGACUUUGGAGAGAUUAUAAGUGAACUCAAGAAGCUUGAACACAAACUCCAUGAUGGGUAGCAAUCCAUCGUCAUUGGAGCCAGAGAGAAGGGAUCCGGGAGGGGGGACGAGCGGCAGUGAUACAUCUCCGCUCCCACCUCGAGCCAACGCGCCUGGCCCUUCCUCCUCCCCUCGUCAGCGUCAACAACAACAACAACAACAACAGCAACCUCGUUACCGUCAUCAUCCUCAUCUCCAUGGUGAUGAGGUCUUGGAGCCGCCGUCUCAGACCCCGGCACCGGUAGCCGUAGUCAAACAGGAGAAGAAGAAGAAGACCACUAGCCUGGCAUCGUUGAAAAAACGAAUUGUGCGGAAAAAGAGGACUGGCAAAUCGUUGGAUCAUGCCCGAGCGAUGCGGGAAAUGGCUUCCGCGUGGAACCCACUGGACGUAUACUCCCUCGUUGAGGAAUAUGAUGCCCUUGCUGCCCUCAAGGAAUUAACCAUACAAACCGAUCUGGCACGUUCGAGCACCACGUCUUUAAAAGAUGAUCUAUCGGACCUGUACGAUUUCAAGUUCUGCUCUGACGUUGAUUUCAUAUUCCGCGAAUCGGUUUUCCCUGUUCAUAGAGCCAUCCUAUCUUGUCGGUGUCCUUACUUCAGAAAACUCAUGGCUCAGUACCCUCAUUAUGGAGCCAAAGUGCCGAUCAAGCUGAGAGUGAGCGGUGUCAGCGUUAACACUUUCUCUGCCCUGCUGCGUUACUUGUACUCUGGAGAUUUCAUUGCGCAGGAUUCACGAUUAGACAGCCUCGACACCCUCAUCCAACUUGGGGAGAAGUUCGGCACACCGAGUCCACUGGAACACGACUUCCGUCGCCUGCUCGAAACGGGAGAAUUCACAGAUGCUGUGCUUGUAUUCUCAUCUGAUUUAGAAUUGGACAAAACUGAAGUGACACCUGAGGCAGCUGCAGCACCGCCGAUGCCGCAUAGAACCAGCUCGCUGAGAUGCCACCGAUCAGUCCUCGCAGCUCGCUCACCGUUCUUUCGGAAUCUCCUGCAGAAGAGGCAGCGGACCGGGGAGGAUUCCAUCGAAAGAACGUUUCAUGGUCCCACGAAGAUCGUGCUCGACGACUCGAUCAUACCAAAGAAAUAUGCACAGGUUUUAUUGUAUGCAAUCUACCAGGAUGUACUGGAUCUGUCGUUAGUGCUGCCGGAUAGUCCGAGUGUAGGGAGCUUAGGGGAGGCCCAGGCCAUGGCGUCUGGGAAGGCGCCCAUGAGCAGGGUAGAGAUGGCUAUGGAAUUGUAUCAGAUUGCAAGAUUUCUGGAUUUGGGAUCUAUGGCACAAGCUUGUGAGGACACCCUAGCCAACGCUCUCUGUGCAGAGAACCUGGUCUCCAUUCUCAACUGGAGCUCCGAGCCUCACGGCUCCCGCUGGGUCCACAGGCAGGCCAUGCACUUCCUCAGGGAAGAGUUCUCCAAUAUCAUCGCCUCACCGGUGCUCUUUGAUCUCAGUAAGAGCCUGCUGAAGAAAGCCAUCAAGUCGGAUUUCCUGCAGGCAAGCGAGGCUGAGGUGUUGAAAGCUGUCGUGAAGUGGGGAGAGCAUCAGCUUAUUAGGAGAAUGGAAGACAGAGAGCCAAAUUUAGUAAGCAAUACCCAGCACAGCGUCAGCCGCAAGGGCAUCAAGAGGCGCGACCUGGACAACCGUGAACUCCGCGAGAUCAUCAGCGACCUCCUACCACUGGUGCGCUUAGAUCACAUCAUCCCACGCAGUCACGAGGCGCUCGCCAGCGCGGUCAAGCGAGGGCUCAUUCCAACUCCUCCGUCGCAUAUGCUGCCUGGUGACGAUCAGACAUCGCAACAUAAUCUCUGGAUAUCCGGGAAGCGAAGGCGCUCCAAGCCUCGUCCGAGGCUGUUUACUCCAUACGUAGAGGAGGCAAAGAGUAUCCUAGAAGAGCAGAUGGUAUCCGAUGUUGACUCGGUGAGGCUUCGUCGGAUGCGCAUGUCGUACGUCCCCGACGCCCUCUACAUGCUGGAAGAGCGAGGGGAGUGCUCGUCAGAGGGUCACAUGAAUCGCUCCCAGUCCUGCCCGCCGUCCCUCAUCAAGAGCUCCUUCCCAACACUUGAUGAGUCCACAGUGAAAGCCAUGCUCGGUCGCGAGAAGGACCUCCACCGUUGCAGCGGCACCCAGCGAGCCUACAGUCUGCGCUGCAUUGACAGCAUCGCGGUAGCCCGCCAGAUCCAGACGCGCAUCGUACGCGAGUACGGACUCCCCGACGAGGCCAUCGAAAUCUUUGCCACCAUUCCUCAGGAGUACGGGGAGAGGAGCGAGGCUGAUAAGGACACGGAAGUGUUUGGGAGGAUGUGGAAUGAGCCCCCAGACCUGCAACUGCAGAGUGAACCAUCGGAGUCUCCUCAGGUGGCAGCUACAGCUCAAGUUGUGCCCAUGCUCAGUGAGAUCAUGCCAGAUAUUGCUAUCCCGUCAGGCCCGGACCUCACCAUAGCAACGGCGCCACCUAUCAACCAGAUGUUGCUAAGGGAACCGGAGCUUGGUGACAGCCACAGUAGACCGAAAGGAGGAAGCAACAGUGGGAAAGGCGGGAAACCGGUCAAGGGAGGAAAGCACGGACCAGACCAGUACACCGAUGUAUAGUCCAUGAAAUGUCCCUCUUAAUUAAGAGUAGGGCCUUAAGAGUCCAAUUUCCUUGAGUCUACAUGUGGUUGACUUCUUUGAAUGGCUUUCCAAUCAGAUUGGGAAUGUCAGGAAGAUUAAGUCGCCUGCCCCAACAUUGCCUAUCCUCACGUCCCUUAUAGUCGAGAAAAUAGAAUUAGCUGUUGCAAACUGCUUACCAACCAAAAGGACCUAUGGUUUAACCA